UUUGAUGAGCAGGUGUCCACAUACUUUUGGUCUUGUAGUAGAUGUGAUGAGAUAGUCGUGUAAAUUCUACACAGGGACACUCAAAGUCAAUCUUAAAUGAAUCAUUGUUUAUUAUCAGCACGCUCUAGAGGUCAAAGUCAAACUUAAGAUGCAUAAAGUACCGUUCUGAAGGUAUCUCCCUCAGGGCAGUCCCAUUAGAUCUCUUAUAUACUGGUUACAGACACGUUACAAAGUCAUAGUUCAUAGGGUUGGUUCCAGGACACGUGUCUGGCACCGCCUCCUGUCUUAACUUAUAGAACAUAUUCUGGUCGUUCUGAAGGUCCUGAGGAGGGGGUCAUGUUGCCCCCCUUCAUAUUUUUACCAAGUACAGGCAGGAACCAAGGAUUAUUUAUAACACUAUGAACAUUUUGAAGACUGCUCUUCACAUGAUAACAUUUUCCAUCACAUGAUGUAUAGACAUUAUGGACAGUAUGUGUAUAGAAUUACUGGAAUAUCUGUACAAUACGUAGGAUUGAGUCGUGAUCUGAUUUUCCGAAGGGUGAGCAAAUAUAGAUGUAAACAGCACGUUGUUCAUUGCAUGCUUGUUAGCACCAGAAAAACAUCAGAAUAACUCUGCAACACUUUAGGCUAGAAACAAGCUGUAAAUGGCACCAGAAAGACGUGGCUCUAUUGUACAUGGGGAUAACUGUAUAAAUUGAUAUUCAUUUAAUUUCUGGGGAAAGUAAAAACAAAUUGAUGGAUUUAGCUUUAAAUACUACAUAAUAAUGAGCAGCAGUAGUUCAGGUGUUUUGGUUUUUCCUCUGGUUAUUAUGACAAAUCACAUUUUCGCAGGUGUUGGCGUCCUCUGAAUUUUGGAAAGGGGAGGGGAUAUUUGGCCUGUAUCUUGAAAGAGAGGGUGGAGCUCCUUGUUCCAGCGUCUCUUAAGCUCUCCUCUUAUCACAUAUGAACCCAGAACUAAAUUGAGCGGUUGACCAAUUCAUGAGACAUUAGUUCUGCAUAAACCAAGAUUAACUCAGGGGUGAAAGAUGUGUUCAACUCCAAUGAAUACUCAAUCAAAGCUUCUGAACAUAAGACGGAGCAUUAGAAUUGUUAUACAUUUGUGGAAAGUAGUGAACAAUUACACAUUUCAGGAGAAAGGAGGUAUUAUAAGGAUGCAGCCACCAAUCAGAGAUUUAGACUAAAGUAAUCAAAUGUUUGGUCUAAUGAUAUUCUAUGUACAAUACUUCCUGUGGUCACCAGGACAGAGCUAGUCCGUCCCCCUCCAACCUGCCAGAGUCCCCUGGUCACAACUCUCCUGGUAGCACCUUACUGCUGGGUCUGAAGAGGGUGUCUGUGCGGCUGGUCGACUGCAGGAAAACACCAGGGCAGAGUGGAACUGUGAGAGAAGGACACGAGGAGGGAGAUUUGAUUUCAUCAAGGGACACCCCUAACCAUCGUUCUCUUAGUGGGAGGGGCUUAUCGUCUGGGGAGCCUCAACAACAUGUUGCUGAGGAGACAGAGAAGAGUCUCUCCAGAUCAGAACAUCUCAAGAAACACCAGCAGAGACGUACAGGGAAGAAACCUCACCACUGCUGCUCUGACUGUGGGAAGAGUUUCACAAGCCAGAGUGGCUUCAUUAUUCACUGUGAUCAGUGUGGGAAGAGUUUUGCUGCAUCUAACACCUUCAAAUCGAAUGUAAGAAUUCAUACAGGGGAGAAGCCUUACCCCUGCCUUGAUUGUGGGAAAAGCUUUGUUAGUGCAAGAGCCUUAACUGUACACCAGCGUGUACACACAGGAGAGAAACCUUAUAGCUGUGAUCAGUGUGGAAAGAGCUUCAAUAAAUCAGUCCACCUGACUACACACAAGCUAAUACACACUGGAGUGAAGCCUUAUAGCUGUGAUCAGUGUGGGAAGAGCUUCAAUAAGUCAGUCCACCUGACUACACACCAGCGAAUACACACUGGAGAGAAACCUUAUAGCUGUGAUCAGUGUGGGAAUAGCUUUGCUGUAGCUUCCUCCCUGACUAGACAUCAGGUAACACACACUGGAGAGAAACCUUACAGCUGUGAUCAGUGUGGGAAGAGCUUUGCUGUAGCUUCCUCCCUAACUAGACACCAGGUAACACACACUGGAGAGAGAACUUAUGUCUGUCUAUGUGGGAAGAGCUUUGCUCUAGCUUCCACCCUGACUGCACACCAGCGAACGCACACUGGAGAGAAGCCUUAUAGCUGUGAUCAGUGUGGAAAGAGCUUUGCUGUAUCAGAAAAACGAACUAUACAUCAGCGAACACACACUGGAGAGAAGCCUUAUAGCUGUGAUCAGUGUGGAAAGAGCUUUGCUGUAUCAGAAAAACUAACUAGACACCAGCGAACACACACAGGAGAGAAGCCCUAUAGCUGUGAUCAGUGUUGGAAGAGCUUCAAUCAGUCAGUCCACCUGACAACACACCAACUGACACACACUGGAGAGAAACCUUACAGCUGUGAUCAGUGUGGGAAGAGCUUUGCUGCAGCUUCCACCCUGAAUCGACACCAUCGAACACACACUGGAGAGAAGCCUUACAGAUGUGAUAAUUGUGGAAAGAGCUUCAGUCAAUCAGGGAGCCUGAUUUCACACCAGCGAACACACACUAGAGAGAAACCCUAUGUCUGUCUAUGUGGAAAGAGCUUUGCUCAUUUAGGGAAUAUGAGAAAACACCAAAAAGCAAAAAUGUGCCGUAUUUCCUCUCCCUCCUAUCUGACACCGGUUCCAGAUACAUAAAUAAAGGAUCAGUAGAAAACAUCUAGUGAACAGUCAUAUCCAUCUCCCAUUCUUAAACAGUUGCCUUAGUCUGAUCACCAUGGUAACCUCUGUGGAGCAUAAUAUACAGCUCUGAUCUAGGAUCAGGUCUCCCUUGUGUCUAUGUAAUAUCACACAUCUAAAUGGAGAAAUGUUAUCAUAGGAAAUGUCAGUGAACCCAUGUGUGGGGGCGUGUUGAUAAUUGUAUCUUUUCAUAUACUCAUGAUAUUAUUAAAUGUCAUUAUGUAGAAUAAUGUUUCAACAAUAGGUGUAUAUUCAUGUAUUCAAUUG